GUGGGAGACACUAGCUCUAGGGAGGUAAGCUUCUUGUCAUUUUGCUGAGUGGGGCACACUCACAACAGCAAGGACUAGAUCUUGAAGGAGCUGGUAAUUGGAAAUACAUUUUUAGCAGGAGGUGGUCAAGGAAAGACCUUGCUUCAGAGGGAAGAAGAAAGUACAGCAAGUUUCCCCAGCUUGUACAGCCCAUCAUACAACUCCUCUGCAACAACUACAGAAAAAUAGAAAUCUGUGCAAAAAAGGAAAAUAAAGCAGUUGUAUGCAUGCCCAGACACCAGGUCCCAUGGAUCAGAAGGGUAUGAAUUAAUCAUACAGCAGCUACAAACUACAGCCUAUUGGCAAGAGCACUUUGCCUGUCCUUUUGAACAAUUGGCUGACACUGCCCUCCCCACACAAUUGGACAAGACUUGGGUUUCUCAGGGGCUCUGGGAGUAGAGCGUGAAAGAGAGGAAAAGGGGGCAUACCGAGGAUCAGCAUCACCGGAGGGCAGGGGUAUCACCACAGUCGGCAUGGAAACAACAAGUCAAGCUUGCUUCGUAGCAGCAGCCACUACUGUCCUGCCAGAACUGAAACAGAGAGACAGCAGAGCACAGCAGAAGUAAGCAGGGCAUCUUGAACUGCAGGCAGUGAGGCUUGAGGAUGACAUGAACAGGAAAAGAAAAGGGAAAGCCACAGAUAGGCAGCUACAGCAAGCUCUCAGUGUUUUUUUCUUUCUUUUAUUAAUAAAAGCAUUGAAUUAGCUACAGGGAAUGGGAUUUUCUUAUCUUUAUUACUGAAUUGCUGCAUCCUGACUUCUAUUGCCAAACCUUGCCUUUGCGAUAUUGAAAUCAGCAGCAACAGCAGAGGGAGAGUCUGUGAGUAUUUAAGCAUGUAUAAUCAGAAAGGCUUUGCUUGUUUGCUUGCUCAGUUACGAUACGCAGCAUAAUGCAGUUAAGUGAAGAGGAUCCUCAGUGUGGUUAAGUAGAAAUAAAAACAAUAACUGGCCAACACGCUUCAAAACUAUUAUUUUGUGUAAAGAUGAUUAGCACACUGCUGCAGCCUCUGGACUUACUGAGGCAAAGUUUCUUUCCUUCCUCUGGGAAAUGCUGAAGGAUUAGGUUGCAGUGUGUGUGUGAUCUGUUCAAUACUGUUCAGGACUGAAUGUGGGGAACCAAUCUUUUUGGAGAUGUUGUUUAUGCUGCUUUAGUGACACUGUGUGGAGUCAUGGCAUUGGAGGGUUUGCAGGAUAAAAGAUCCCCCAGUGCCAAGGAGACGAGAAAAACUCCAGGCGUCAAACAGUUAACCCUUGCCUUUUUUACCCAGACCAAAGUUCACGGGAUAAAAUAUAUCUACUCACGGAAUUAUUCUUUCCAGCACAGGGCAAUCUGGUUUUUGGCUUUUUGCACCUCACUGGGAUUUUUACUCUCGUGGUCCUCCAACCGCUUCUUGUACUUACUCUCUUUCCCAACCCACACCAAGUUCCAUAUGGAGUGGGCCAAGGAGUUAGCCUUCCCGGCCAUCACCAUUUGCAACAAUAACCCUAUUCGCUUCUACAAGUUGAGCAAGAGCGACCUGUACUUUGCCGGACACUGGCUUGGACUCCUGCUGGCUAACAGGACGGCCAGGCCCAUCGUGCUUGAGCUUCUACAAGAUGACCGCCAGAAGUGGUUUCAGAAACUCUCGGACUUCCGUCUUUUUCUGCCUCCGCGGAAUUUUGAAGGCACCACUUUGGAAUUUAUGGACCGCUUGGGGCACCAGCUGGAGGACAUGCUGCUGUCCUGCAAAUACAGAGGGGAGAUGUGCGGCCCACAGAACUUCUCUUCAGUGUUUACAAGAUAUGGAAAGUGCUACAUGUUCAACUCAGGACAGGAGGGCAAGACUCCACACACCACAAUGAAAGGAGGCACAGGGAAUGGCCUAGAGAUUAUGUUAGAUAUUCAACAAGACGAGUACCUUCCUGUAUGGGGUGAAACUGACGAGACAGCAUUUGAAGCCGGAGUGAGGGUGCAGAUUCACAGUCAGUUUGAGCCCCCCUUUGUCCACGAACUUGGCUUUGGAGUGGCACCUGGUUUCCAGACCUUCGUUUCAACCCAGGAACAAAGGCUCACAUACUUGCCUCCCCCGUGGGGUGACUGUCAGUCCACGGUGUCGGACUCGGAUUUUUUCAGAGUGUACAGCAUCACGGCCUGCAGAAUUGACUGCGAGACCAGAUACCUGGUGGAGAACUGCAACUGCAAGAUGGUCCAUAUGCCAGGUGAUGCUGCUUUCUGUACCCCUGAACAAUAUAAGGAAUGUGCUGAGCCAGCAUUAGCCAUGCUUACGGAGAAGAAUAGCAAUUACUGUGUCUGUAGGACCCCUUGCAACCUAACAAGGUACAACAAAGAACUCUCUAUGGUGAAAAUCCCCAGCAAGACUUCUGCACGAUACCUGGAGAAGAAAUUUAACAAGACGGAAAAAUACAUUGCGGACAACAUCUUGGUUCUUGAUGUAUUCUUUGAGGCUCUGAACUACGAGACCAUAGAGCAGAAGAAGGCAUACGAGGUUGCUGGGUUACUCGGGGACAUUGGCGGACAGAUGGGGCUAUUUAUUGGUGCUAGCAUUCUUACAAUACUAGAGCUGUUUGACUAUUUGUAUGAGGUCAUGAAAGACAGGUUAUUAGACUUUCUCAGCAAAGAGGAGGAAGAAAGAAGCCAUGACGAGAAUGUGAGUGCCCAAUUACAUCCCCUCACCACAGCAAUUCCCCACAACAACAAGAGUACCUGCGACCCCAUGCCAAAUCACUCAGAAUCCAUAAGCCACACAGUGAGUGUGCCACUUCAGACAACACUGGGGACCCUAGAGGAGAUUGCGUGCUGAUACCCAGGAAAAGAGUUUCACCACUGCCGAGUCUGAAACACAGAGAUACCACGAGGGCAGACCAACUCAAAGCUGAGGUUUGCAAGCACCAGGAAGAAACUAACAGAAGUGCACCGCUAUGUAUUCAAACAUGCAUCCAAACCAAGAAAGAAUCGCCUUUAACCAGAACUUUUUAAACUUAUUCCAUUGUAAAGAAACCGUGGAGCUGUUCUAAUACCUUCUUCUUCUUCUUCUUCUUCUUCUUCUUCUUCUUCUUCUUCUUCUUCUUCUUCUUCUUCUUCUUCUUCUACUCUCUGAUGAUCUCUGUUAAAUGUAAUGUACAAAAAAUACAUGAGUCACCCAUAUUUACAUCUACUGCCAAAUGUAAAAGAAAAAAACUCACUUGCAUGUCAGUAUUUUGGAUACUGUUAUUUUUUAUGCUGACACAAUGUAUAUCUUACUAUGUUGGGUUUAUCUCUGUGGUUCUCACUCCAACAGAAAUCUACCCAGUACAAGCCCCUCUGCACGGGCUGCAGUAUGUCAACUUUCUAUUCUGUAUGGCUUCCCUCGUCCAUUAAACUAUGUGGUGAAUUGUCUGGUAAA